AUGGACGGGUCGGAGAAGCCUCCUCGCCUCUAUUCGACUGGGGACCAAGCACUGGAAUGUUCCAAUCAAUACGGAACGGGAACAUCCACACCACGUAACAAUACAGGUCUGCUCACCCGAUUCUCCACAUCGUCCGGUGUUACGCGGCAAUCUCCGAUUGGGAACAGUUUGGGACCCAGGGUCACAUUUAAAGAAAAUGUGGACACAAUAGCCAAUGUGUCCCCAAAUGUCAGUGAUCCGGGAUCACAAAACACUUCGUCCAACGACAGUGGUAUUGAUAACCUAAAACCGACUGAGGUUAAAGUUCCUCCACCGAUGAACGGAAACAAUACCGAUUCCAGUGGAACGUACGACAACGCAUUCACUCCGACCGUCCGAUCCAGUUUGGUUAUUCGCAGUCCAAGUCAGACCAUGGGUAAUCGAAACGAUUUGGUCACUGAAACCAGUGGCUCCGGAACCCUGCCCCGUGUCCUAGCCCCAUCUUCCACAUUUGCCUCAAGUUCAAACCAAGUGAUGAACACAUCGAUCUAUUCGAAUCGAUUGCCCACAUAUGCAGUGCAUGGACAAAACAGUGAACACACACCGUUACUGGUCGAGUCAACCGAAUCGGAUUUGGCUAACUUGUUGAAACCGCCCAAUCUCAGUCUGAACACAACACGACUCGGUCGUCCGAACGAGAUGAUCGGGGACGGGGCAAGCAGUCUACAAUCCUCAUCCACUGCCGACCAAUAUCCCAUGCUCUUAUCAUCAUCACCGUCAUGUCUUUUGGGCGAUGAGACACACGAACCGAGACUGUGCAGUCAGGUUUGA